AGCGGCGACAACACGAGAUCCUUUCUUCAAUAAAUUCCAGUAAAUGUUGAGCAGACCAGCUGUAGUCAGUCGCACGCGUGCUAAGAGCGUUGCACUUGUUCGUUUCGUUUGGGAAUUUACAGAUAGACAUUUCGAGUGUCACUCAAAAGAUACACAUUCAAUUGUUUUUUUGAGGAUUCCAGACUGGUCAGUGGAAAAAUUACCGUCUUAUAACUAUUUAUUUAUUGAUUCAUUCUUCGUGUGGGGAUACACUAAACUUAUACCGAUGACAACUAUGCCCAGAGUAGUUCCUGAUCAGAGGAGCAAAUUUGAGAAUGAUGAAUUAUUUAGGAAGUUGGGCCGAGAUUCAGAGAUUCGGUACACAGGAUACCGUGACAGAGCACAGGAGGAAAGGCAGAUGAGAUUUGUUAAUAGCUGCAGAGAAGGACAUGCACAGUUGUCUUUCGUAGCGACGGGUACAAAUCUUCACCUUCAGUUCUACCCGAACUCAUGGAGUGAAACAACAGACAGAAAGCCAACCAAAGAAUAUGUCGACUUCGACAAGGAAAUCGGAAAAGUCUGCCUGAAGUCGCAGUUCAUCUUAAAUGGAGUAUGUGUAAUAUGGAGGGGUUAUAUCGAUCUCAACAGGCUUGAUGGUGUCGGUCAUGUUGAAUUUGAUUCUCAUAGAGCGAAGGAAGAAGAUGAAAUAUACCGCGCCACAAUGGAACAGCAAAACAGGAGACUUCGGGAGUUUGAGGAGAGAACGAUGUUACAUCGAAAAGAAUUUGAACAACAAGUUGGAAGAGAGGUGAGCACGUGAGAUUGUCCCAACAAAAAAUAUCACUUUGCAAUGCCAUAGAAUAUUCCUUGUGUUAAAAUAUCGGACUUUGUCAUGGACUUGGCGCGCCGAGGGAGAGAGAGAGUGAUGAUUAGGGUUCACCAAUGUUCGCGCCACUGCUACAAAGUGUCUUCUGAAAUGGUUGUAUUUUUGAUAAGUUUCUCGUCCAGAUUUUGCGAUUUUAUUUCGUCUUUUCAGAAGAGUGCCAGGGAGGAAUGGAGUGUUGGAUGUCGUUGGUUUUUUUUCAACUGAAAGAACUAUUUUUGUCUGUGUAUUUAUGUAUAUUUAUAGAUAAAAACAACUUUGAAAUGUUAUGAUGGUUGAUGUAUAUAAAGGGAUAAUUUAUUUAAGUUACAAAAUAAUGUAUGAAAGAAACUGUUUUUUUUAAUGUAGGUAUUUAGAGUUAGAAUAGAAUAUUUCUUUUUUUUGUAGCAGAACCAACAGUGAAGUGGCGAUAUUUGCAAAUUGGUUGGAUUAUUUAGUAUUAUUAUUGAUAUUUUGUCGGCAAUAAGACAAAAGUACAUUCUUGAAUAAAACAUUGGUCAAAAUAAUUCACAUAUCGGUGAAUACGUGUCCGACAAAAAAGAAUAACUUGUCCAAAUCAACCAAAUUAUUUCUUGAAAAUUUACCGAACCAUGGUUCAUGUUAAGACAUUUUCACCAACAAAUUUGUUAUUUUGACUAUUUUUGAAGGGUGUAAAUGUGAAGCAUGUUUGCAUGAAGAAAGUACACCUUUAGUUUAUGCAAUACUACAAACUUUAAACUUUAUUUUGGCAUUUCACCAGUUAGUAGUAUCGAUUGCUAGUUACAUGUUCUUUCGCACAUUGUGGAAAUUGAUCAUGAAGUAUAUAGUUGAUUAAAUGUGAUACUUUAUCAUGUUCUGUAUAUAACUCAAUUUCUUCUGGAAGAAAUUUCAACAUUAUUUUAAUAUUUGUACUGAAUACAUUUAAUGUGUAUAUUUGAAAUUUCCAUUGUGUUUUUUUAUUGCUGAUAAAGAUAUAAUUUAAUUUCUUGUUUUUUUUCGACCAAGUCAAAACGUUGACUUAUUGUUUGAUUAUUUCAUACAAAGAUAACUUAAAACAGAAUAUAUUUUAUGCUUUUUAUGGAGAAACCCACGAAAUUCACCUGAGUAUGUUUCUAACCGUAUUGAUCUUGAAAAAAUAUAAUUUUACUUUGAUAUCCUAAUUUCUUUUUAGAAAGAAUUAAUUGUUAUUUUACGUCCUUAUCUGAAAUAAGUAUUUAAUUUCAAUCGUAAAAACAACUGAGCGUAUAAGUAGUUCGGAAACAUUCACGAUAACUAGUAUUUAUGAUAUAUGCAAAUGUUUUCAAAAAACCUAUUCGAAUUGAGAUAUGAUUAAUUGGAUUAAGAUACUGAAAUUUAGUAAAUAACCUAGCUGAAAUUCCCCAUGUUAUCGUGGAAUAAUGGUAAUGAAAGAGAUAUCCAUUGGAUAUGUAUGUGGUUGUGAUGCUGGACAUGAUUUUAAGAAGAAUGCAAGUGAAAUUCCUACCCAUUUUUGUUAUUGAAGGGCAGAUCUUUUGUCAAUAUACCAGUCUUCCCAUUUUUAUGUGUAAUUUUUCUUCGACGAAAUGAAAGAGAAGUAUGUGUGAAAUAAAUUAUGUACAAAUUACAUUUCUUUUCAUAACGUGAA